AUGCCAACAUCCCUGGAGUUGUGUCCCAAUUGCCCAGACACGCCUCCCUCAGAUACCGAGGAUAUCAACUGGAUUCAAUGUGAUAUUUGCCGCCAGUGGUUCCAUACGAUUUGUAUCGGCACCAAAGAAGAGGAUAUAGCCGAGAUCGCCUCAUACCAUUGCCAGAAAUGUUCCAAGAAACACGGACCAUCGCAACUACGAAGAGUGCUGAAACGAGCAAGGGUAAAAAUUGACUACGUGGCCCUUGACCAGGGCGAGACGUUUGCAAUAGAUAAAAGCGUGCACCCCCACGUCCCCAGCUUCGAGGAGUUUGCUUUUGUAGCUGAUCCAAAUGCCAAGGGGGACCCGUACAUUGAUGUUUUGUCCGGGGAUGAGCUUACAAAAGAGUACAUUUUGGCCACGGGGCUUCCUAGGCCCAUUUUGAUUCCUCAGGUGGUGAAUGAAGAUGUAGGUAUGAAGCUUCCUUGUGAAAGAGAAGAGGUGACUGUUUCGAAGAUCGCCAGCUUAGUGGGCGAGGAUGAGCCUGUGGAGGUCAUGGACGUCUUAUCUCAACAGAGCGAGUCUCCAGGAUGGAACUUGGGCCAGUGGAAACGGUACUUCUACAUGAGGGAUAAAGACCGCAUCCGAAACGUCAUUUCCCUUGAGGUUUCAGACGUUGAAGGUCUUGGUGACGCCUUUGUGAGGCCGAAAAUGGUACGUGACAUGGACCUCGUCGAUAAAGUUUGGCUGCAAAAUGAGUCAGGUGAGGAAAGACCAAAAGUCACCACAUACUGUCUCAUGUCAGUGGCUGGCUCAUACACAGACUUCCACAUCGACUUCAGCGGGACGCCAGUAUACUAUACUGUCUGCCACGGGAGCAAGACUUUUCUAAUGUACCCGCCCACUGACGAUAAUCUUGAUCUCUAUACCAGUUGGUGUAAAGAGCCGCGGCAGAACUUCACAUGGUUUGGUACUUACUCGAAGAAAAUCCGUGGUAAGAAGCUCAUCCCGACUGGAGGCUUCAAAGUUAGUCUCCAAAAGGGUGAUCUUUUCAUUAUACCUAGCGGCUGGAUCCACUCCGUGUACACGCCCGAAGAUUCCGUGAUCAUUGGCGGUAAUUAUCUUACCCUAAAGGAUAUCCCUAUGCACCUCAAGAUUUACAAUAUUGAAAAGGCUACUGGUGUGCCUCUGAGGUACAGGUUUCCCAAAUUUAAUCGGGUCCUAUGGCUUGCAAGCUACUACUUCUAUACCCACCAAGAUGAGUUCUUGCAAGACAGUGUCUUGAGUGAUACUAAAACAACCGAGACGCACCUGGGCGAAGCUUUGCAUACAGCCAGCAAAAUAAUAGCGGCGCUUGCGGCGCAUUUGAGCGACCAUUAUCAGCUCAGCAAAACGAACAACAUGGCCAAAAAAAGCAUUCCCACACAACUAAUUGGCAAAGAUGUUCUUUCUUUCCUCGACAAGCUCCGGGCUUGGCAACUUGAAUUGUCCAGGCUUUCAAGUGCGGACUAA